AUGGCCGCUUUCAUGGCCACUUUCAUUUUCCUCCUUGCCCUAACCAACGCUCAAAACACCCUUGGUGACUACCUCGCGCUUCACAACCGAGCUCGAGCCCAGGUCAGCGUCGGGCCCAUGCAAUGGAGCAACACCGUGGCCGCGUACGCUCAAGCCUAUGCGGAAAAAAGAAAGGUUGACUGCGCCAUGAUUCACUCAACCGGGCCGUACAUGGAAAACAUAGCCGCGGGCUACUACCCUGAGUUCACCGGGGCGGAUGCGGUGAAGCUGUGGGCGAACGAGAAGCCGCUGUAUGAUCAUGCGUCGAAUAAAUGCGUGGGUGGGGAAUGUGGGCACUACACUCAGAUGGUGUGGCGGAGCUCGGUGCGGCUUGGAUGUGCUAGAGUGCCCUACAAGGCUAAUUCUCAGUUUGUUGUUUGCAAUUAUGAUCCUCCAAGCAACUAUAUUGGGGAAAAGCCUUAUGAUUCUUGGGUGUCUUUAACACUGAGAGCAUCAGCCACCAGCCAAUUGUUGUUCCAAGUCACCCGGAAGAAAUGCCUUCGGUGGAGAUGCGGAAAACCAGUCAAGGUGUUUUUCAGCCUCCAAAUCGAGAGACCCACGACGACGACGAUUAACUCCGCUGCAGUAUGA